UGCUGGUUCGUGUUCUUGCUGUGCUGCUGUCCGGUUUUGUUUUGUUUUAGUUUCCUGUUUUUUAAUUUUUGCAGGUUGUGUUUUUCUUUCUACUGCUGUCCGAUUUUGGAUUUUUUGGUACUGUUUUUCUGUUUUUAUCGGUUCGUAUUGGUGCUCCUGUCCGAUAUUUCAUUUUUUUUACUGUUUUUUCAUUUUUGUUUGUCUUGUUUUGCUUUUUGUUUUUUUAAUUUUGCUAUUGCUGGUACAGAUUGUACGGUGUUUUUCUAUUGCUGGUACUGUAUUGAUUUUAUUUUAUUUUUAUUUUUUCAGACUAUUUUCUUAUUCAAUUAUCAUGGAAGGUAGUAGUGAUACUCCAAUAUAUAUAUCAAAAGAUCCGAGAUGGAAUUGUUUUCAAAGAGUUAAUCCGGAUAAUAAAAAUGAUUUAAUUUGUAACUUUUGCCAAAAAGUUACAAAAGGAGGUAUUUAUCGUGCAAAACAUCAUCUUGUUGGGGGUUUCGAAAUACUACGACUUGCAAAAAAUGUCCUCCUCAUCACCUCAUGUACGUGAAGAAAUUAAAAAUUUCAUGGAGAAAAAGACAGAGAAAAAUAAUUUUUCUAAACUUGCGACAUUGGACUUUGAGGAUAUAGACCCUCUUGGUGAUGAUAUUGAUAUGGAUGAUAUUGGAACUAUAAGUACAAGUACAAGUUCUAGAUCAGUGAAUAUGCAAAAAAAGGCCGAGACAAAUAGGUCCAAUGAUACGUAUUUUGCUCCUAAUGUACAAAAAAAAAAUGUUGAAAGUAGAAAGGGUAAAGAAAGACAAACUACAAUAAAUGAGACAUACAAGAAAGAAUUGAGGGAAAAAGCUUGUAUGACCAUAACUAAGUGAAUGUAUGAUGCGGCAAUUCCUUUUAAUGCCGUUAACUAUUCAAGCUUCAAAAGAAUGUGACUUGGUUGGCUAAUAUGGUAUAUGUCUAAAAGGACCUAGUUAUCAUGAGGUGCGGGUUCCUUUUCUAAAAAAGGCUGUUGAUAGUGUGACAAAUGAUUACAUUAAGUCGUGUGAAACAGAAUGGGCCAAGUAUGGUUGUAGUUUGAUGGCAGAUGGGUGGACAGACAAAAGACAGAGAACAUUGAUUAAUUUUUUAGUAAAUUUUCCUAAAGGUUCAGUUUUCAUCGUAUCGAUUGAUGCUUCUGAUUAUGCAAAGACUGGAGAGAAAAUAUUUCAGUUGCUUGAUCAAUUUGUGGAGCGUGUAGGAGAAGUAAAUAUUGUUCAAGUUGUUACGGAUAGUGCAAGUAACAAUGUGCUUGCUGGGAAAUUAUUAGAAGCAAAAAGGCCACACUUGUAUUGGACUCCUUGUGCUGCUCACUGCGUCGACUUGAUCUUAGAAGAUAUUGAGAAAUUGCCUGAUUUUAAAGCAACAUCGAAGAAGACAAUGAGUGUGAAUGCUUACAUUUAUGUUCGCCCCGGCAUAGUAAAUAUGUUGAGGUAAUUCAUAAGACAAAAAGAGCUUUGUCGGGCAGGUGUCACAAGAUUUGCUACUGCUUUUCUCACUCUUGAAAGGAUGGGCAAAAGAAGCAGUGGGGAAGAAGGUAGCUAAAAUCAUCAUGACACUUAGAUUUUGGAGCAGUAUUGUGCAUAUUUUAAAAAUAUAUGGCCCUUUAGUCCGUGUUCUGAGACUGGUUGAUGGCAAAAGAAAACCUGCAAUGGGCUAUAUUUAUGAGGCUAUGGAUAGGGCAAAAGAAACAGUUAUGAAGACUUUUAAGGAGAAAGAAGAGAAAUACAAAGAAGUGUUUGAGAUCAUUGAUGCAAGAUGGGAAUGUUAACUUCAUCGGCCUCUGCAUGCUCUAGGACAUUAUUUGAAUCCAUAAUAUUUUUAUUCAUACACAGAUUCAAAUAUCUGUGGAGAAGUGGUAAAUGGUUUGUUUGAAACUAUGGAGAGAUUGGUUUCAAGCGCUGUCGAGCAAGAUAAAAUCACUACCCAGCUCUCUAUAUAUCGAAAGACAGAAGGGUUAUUUGGGAGGAAUGUGGCAAUUAGACAUAGAAGAGCAUUAUCUCCAGCAGAAUGGUGGGAAUGCUAUGAAGCAAAUACCGCAGAAUUGCAAAAGUUUGCUAUUAAAGUGCUUAGCCUCACUUGUAGUGCUUUUGGUUAUGAGCGCAAUUGGAGUGUAUUUGUGCAGAUAUGUAAUAAAUAUAAAUGUUUAAUACUAUUAGUAUGCUACUUUUAUAAGUAGAAAAUAUUUUUUUCUAUUUUACUAUACUUAUUGUGAUUUUUGACAUUUUGUAUAUUCACAGCAAA